UUGUGCUAGGGCAGCGGCCACCGGCGGGGAACGCGGCGCGAUGGGGGUUCAGUGCCAACAGAGCCCAGUGCUGGCAGGCAGCGUCACUUUGGCCGCCUUCGGGGCACUGGUCUUGUACUUCGCGAAGCCCGCCAGCUACGGGAAGCACACGGAGAUCCUGACGCCCGCGGCUACCAGCCUGUCCGCCCCAGCCGCCUGGUUCCUGCAGGAGCUACCCUCCUUCGUGGUGCCCGCUGGGAUCCUCGCCCGUCAGCCGCUCUCCCUCUUCGGGCCACCUGGGCCGGUGCUUCUGGGCUUCUUCUGCUUACAUUACUUCUACAGGACAUUUGUCUACCCACUGCUCAGUCGAGGGAGGCCUUAUCCAGUUCUACUCAUUUUCAAAGGCAUUGCCUUCUGUGCUGGAAAUGGAUUCCUUCAAGGCUACUAUCUGAUUUACUGUGCUGAAUACCCUGAUGAAUGGUACACGGACAUACGAUUUAGCUUGGGUAUCUUCUUAUUUCUUUUGGGAAUGGGAAUCAACAUUCAUAGUGACUACAUAUUGUGCCAGCUCAGGAAGCCUGGAGAAAUCACCUAUAGGAUUCCACAAGGUGGCAUGUUUACGUAUGUUUCUGGAGCCAAUUUCUUCGGUGAGAUCAUUGAAUGGAUCGGCUUUGCCCUGGCCACUUGGUCCCUCCCUGCACUGGCAUUUGCAUUUUUCUCACUUUGUUUCCUUGGGCUGCGAGCUUUUCACCACCAUAGGUUCUACCUCAAGAUGUUUGAGGACUACCCCAAAUCUCGGAAAGCCCUUAUUCCAUUCAUCUUUUAAAGAAGCCAAAUUAAAAAGGAGCAAAACUCCCACAGUGCUGAUGAAAACUGUCAAGCUGUUGAAACUGUAAUUUGCAUGAUAUAGUAGUCCUCCAUAUAUAUGUGUAUGUGUAUAUAUAUAAUAGUUGGUCUCCUGGCAUUUUGCCAGCUGGCCUAAUUCCCACCUGGGGAUUCUGAGUGGUGCCUGCUUAGAGUUUACUACCACCCUUCCAGGGAUCCCUAUCCUGAUCUCCAACCAAAGCUUCAAAAAGACCCUUUUCCAAAUGGCGACAGUUGCUUCUUAGCUAUUGCUCUGAGAAAGUACAAACUUCUCCUGUUUCUUUCACUGGGCAAUCUAAGUACAUGUGGCUUCACAUUCACUCCCUAUCAAUGGAAGACAACUCUGUAGUGAAGAAUUUUUUGGCUUGAAGGCAGUGCUUAUAGACCUUAUUAAAUGCAUUUUGUAUCCAUACAGAGUAGCAGAAAUUUAAAUUCUGAAGUCACAAAGACCCAGAGCAAACCCACCCCUAAAUGAAAACCCUGGUCAUGUCUUUCUUUAUCUUGGUUAAUCGGGAAAUAUAUGAAAUUAUUAGAUAGACCUUUAAUACAGGAGCCCUCUCCUCAUAUUGUUGAAAAGAUACUGAUGCAUUGACCUCAUUUCAAAUUUUUGCAGUGUCUUUGUUGAUGAGAGCUUCUGUUUUCCAGAAGAUUUCACAAUCCCCAGAAGACUGGUAUCAAUUUUCUUGAAGGCCAGGUUUUAAUAACAGAAUGACAUGACCCUGGAUGGCUACUGAGAGUGGGGAGAAGAGUUUUAUAAUAGACGUUGCAAACUCCCACAGUCUUGGAAACUGGUGCCAAUAUCCAAAUAAUGAGUAAAUGUGAAAUAAAGAGAAUGAAUGAUGAGGUUACAUGCUGCUUGCCUCCACCAGAUGUCCACAACAAUGUGAAGUACAGCAGAAGCCCCGAGCAACUGUCCUUUCCGGGAACUUCUUCAUUGGAGUUCUCAGGACCUGUUCAAGAAGGUGUCUGCUAGGGGCAGCUUGGAAGCCACCCAUCAAAGGACUUGAAGGCAGAGGCUGAAAAGUGCAGACUAAGAGGGACAUCUGGGUAGAAAACUUGCUUUGUUUGGCUCGGACAUAUAGAUUUUUUUUUUAUUUUACAAAGUUUCAAAAACUUAAAAAUUGGGGGCUUGCUUCAUAAAACGCUAGCAUUCUAGUUUCAUUUAAAACGUUGGAGGAUCUGAGCAUAUAGAGCCCACAUUUCCACACCAGAACUGGAACUAUGUAGCUAGUAAGCAUUUGAGUUUGCAAACUCUUGUGAGGGGGUCACUCUUCCAAGGAUGCUGAGAUAUGGGACUCUCUAAGU